AUGCUAGAAUUCAAAAGAUUCUUGCGAGAUCUGCGUAGUGACAAGAUCAAGCAGGUCUGCGUGCUCGUCACGGAGGACGAGUACGUCGCCGACAUUCGGUCGGCACAAGUGUUUGCUGAGAACGAACAGGUUCUCAGUAGCUCAUCUAUGGACGAGAGUGUCCUCGAUGAGAAGAUUCGGAUUGAGCGAUACAUGUCUCAAUCUUUGUAG